UCAGUUCAAUGACUGUAAUUGAGUUAGACCGAGAGGAGCCUCGGAGCGAGAGCGCUCCUCCAAUGACCAGCUGAGAACGCCCCACUGCUCCGUUCUCACAUUGCGGGGUGGGGAGCCCAGAAGUGGGGAUUCGGUCUCGGUCAAACAUGGGAUUCGAGCUGGACCGCUUCAGUGGAACAGUAGACCCGGAUUUGAAAUGCAAUCUGUGCAAUAAAGUUCUGGAAGACCCUCUGACUACUCCGUGCGGCCACGUCUUCUGCUCCGGCUGCGUUCUACCUUGGGUCGUCCGGCAAAGCAGCUGCCCCGUCAAAUGCCAACGGAUCUCGUCCAAAGAGCUGAACCACGUCCUGCCUUUGAAAAACCUCAUCCUAAAGCUGGAGAUCAAAUGUGACAACCACGUGCGGGGCUGCGACGCGGUGGUGACGCUGCAGCACCUGGCCGAGCACGCCGGCGUGUGCGACUACUCUCCGGCCAAGUGCAGGAAUGAGGGAUGCGACGAGGUGCUCAGCCUGCGGGACGUAGACGCUCACAUGCGGGAGACGUGCGACUUUCGACCGGCGGGGAUGUGCGAGAGCGGCUGCGGCUUGACGCUGACGCAGAAAGAGCAGCGACUGAACGAGCACUGCUGCGUGAGAGCCCUGAAGGCGCAAAACGGCGCGCUGCAAUACAAAAUGAUGUGCCUGGAUAGCGAGUUCAAGAAGCAGACGAUCGAAGCCAACGACAGGGAGAAAGCGCUGCUGGCGCAACUCUCCGCCGCUCACGCCGAGCUGCAGACGACGGCGGUGAAAUAUCAGAAGAAGUUCGCGGAGUACAGCGACAGGAUCGACUCUCUCACCAGAACGGUGACUUUCUCCUGCAAGGAAAGAGAUACUAAAAGUGUGGCAGUUGUCCUUCUUCGUGAGGGCGGAUCUCUGGGAUUUAACAUCAUGGGAGGAAAGCCAUGUGUGGAUGAUAAUGACAGCACUUCAAAUGAGGGGAUCUUUGUGUCCAAAAUUAUUGAGAAUGGACCAGCCGACAAGAAGGACGGCCUUCAAAUCCACGACCGGAUUAUCGAGGUCAAUGCCAAAGACCUAUCAAAAGCAUCCCAUGAUCAAGCAGUGGAAGCCUUCCGUACUGCCAAGGAUCCCAUAAUGGUCCAGGUUUUGCGUCGGGCCCCUCUGCCCAAACUGCUCUCCCCCACCGCUGACACCCAACUGUCAGAUAUCAGCACCCAGACUGAAAUCACCCUCCAACACAUUAUGCCCCUCGCCAAGUUGCCACCAGCAUCACCCACCGUGACAGUGCUCGAGGAGUACUUGCUUCCAGAGGAGCAUCCUCCUGGGCAUGAAUACUUUGACCCCAAUGAUUUCCUGGAUGGUAUUAAUCAGGACAUAGAACGUGAAGAGCUAGAGUAUGAGGAGGUUGAUCUAUACAGAGCCAAAAUCCAAGACAAGCUCGGCCUGACGAUCUGUUACAGGACUGAUGAUGAGGAUGAAGCUGGGAUUUACAUUAGUGAGAUUGAUCCAAACAGCAUUGCCGCUAAAGAUGGCAGAAUUAGAGAAGGUGACAAAAUCGUCCAGAUCAAUGGCAUCGAGAUCCAAAACCGUGAAGCUGCUGUUGUGCUGCUGACCAGUGAAGGGAACCAGAACAUCUCUCUAUUGGUUGCCAGACCACACAUCCAGCUGGACGAGGGCUGGAUGGAUGACGACAGGAAUGACUUCCUCGAUGACCUCCACAUGGAUAUGCUGGAGCAGCAGCACCAUCAGGCCAUGCAGUUCACUGCAAGCAUGCUACAGCAGAAGAAGCAUGAGGAAGAUGGGGGCACCACUGACACGGCCACACUAUUCUCCAAUCACCACGAAAAGGACAGCGGAGUUGGUCGUACUGACGAGAGCACACGGAAUGAUGAGAGUUCAGAACAGGAGAACAUCGCUGACGACCAUACAACGGCAUCCAACACACUGAGCAGCUACAGAAAACUGACCUUCAGCCAGGACACCCUCGGAAGUACCGACCUGCCUUUCAGCGGCGAGUCAUUGAUCUCUGCAGACUUUGCCGACGCCGACUUUCUUGGUAUCCCCGCGGAUGAAUGUGAGCGCUUCAAAGAACUCCUGGAGCUCAAGUGCCAAAUGAGGAAUGGAGGAAUUCACGGCUUGUAUCCCCAAGGUGGCAGGGCAGAAGGCCAAGACCAGGAGGUUGUGGACAAAGAGCUGGAGCUGCUCAAUGAGGAGCUGCAUAACAUCGAGCUAGAGUGCCUUAAUAUCGUCCGUGCCCACAAGAUGCAGCAGCUUAGGGAGCAGUGUCGUGAAUCCUGGAUGCUCCACAACAGUGGCUUCCGCAACUACAAUACUACCAUAGACGCACGCCGCCAUGAGCUAUCAGACAUUACAGAGAUGCCGGAGAAAUCUGACAAAGACAGCUCCAGUGCCUACAAUACUGGCGAGAGCUGCCGUAGCACUCCUCUUACACUGGAGCUGUCUCCAGACAACUCUUUGCGUCGUGGGGCUGAGAACCAAGCUGGGCCAUCUAGCGCAAAUGGCAGGGAGCUCAAAUCUCUCCUGUCCCCUCUCCAAGACGUUUGUGGCCCCAGCAGGAGUAAAGCCCUUACAAAGGACCCCGAUUCCCUGCAGUUAGAAAGCAAGGAGAGGAAACUAGGAGAGUCCAGCAAACCUGGGAGGAACUUUGCUCAGCCACGUUCACCUUAUAAGCAUGCACACAUCCCCGCCCACGCCCAGCACUACCAGAGCUACAUGCAGCUAAUCCAGCAGAAAUCCGCCGUAGAGUAUGCCCAAAGUCAGAUGAGCCUGGUCAGUAUGUGUCGGGACCCGAUCGCUUCCAGUGACUUGGGCCAGAAGAUGGAGUGGAAAGUUAAGAUCCGCAGCGAUGGUACCCGCUAUAUUACCAAGCGGCCCAUUCGGGACAAGCUGCUGAGGGAGCGCGCCCUGCGCAUACACGAGGAGCGCAGCGGUAUGACCACAGACGACGAUGCCAUUAGCGAGCUGAAGAUGGGCCGCUACUGGAGCAAGGAAGAGAGGAAGCAGCACGCUGUCCGUUCCAAGGAGCAGCGGCAACGUCGCGAGUUCAUGAAGCAAAGCCGAGCCGAUUGUCUGAAGGAGCAAGUCAGCCUUGAGGACAAAAAGGAACCCAACAUCAUUGAACUCAGCAACAAAAAGAUGAUGAAAAAGAGAAAUAAGAAAAUAUUUGACAACUGGAUGACCAUUCAGGAACUGCUGACCCAUGGUACCAAGUCACCAGAUGGCACUAAAGUUUAUACCUCACUCUUGUCUGUGACUACAGUCUAAGUUCUGCUCUCAGAGAGGACGGAUUGGAGGUUGGUGAACUGUAAAUAGGACACUACCAGUUGGGGUAGAGAUUUCUGCUUCGUUCAAUGUGGCAAAUUGUUGUAAAUAGGAAAUAAGACUUUUAUGCAGUGUUUCCACGGCAUGGGUUCAAUGACUUGACUUGAUUUAACUAGAUUUGGUUGUGGGCUGGACUGUAGGAAACCUUUGCCAAAUUAAUACUUUUUUUUUUUUUUUUUUUUUACUUAUUUGCUUUCUCUUUUGAAUAAUCUUGGAAGCAUACUUUUUUUAUUGGAAGUAUGAAAUGUGCCAUAUAUAAACAGCCAGCAUUUACACUAUUUUACAUAAUUAUGUUCUUACUAUACUGUAUAGCUUUUAUCAGUAUUCUACUGCUUUGCAUACUCUGCUUUUACUCUGUUUUUCUUGCAAUGUAUAAAACAUAGUCCUUUUUAAAAGGUAUUUUGUAAAUAAAAAUGUUUGCAGAAACUAAAAGAUUUAAAUGUAAUUUCCCAAUAAUGGUGCCGAUUUCCCAAAGUUAUUUCCAUCAGCGACAUACCAUCUGUUACAUAAUGUAGAGACCAUCAUAAUGUUUGUGUGCCUAUGUUUAGAAAAAAGCAUUUCAUUUAUUAUUGACUGCGUUUGUGUUUAAACACACUUUAUAGUCACUUUUGCUUUCUUAGGCCUUCAUGUACUGAAGUCAAUAACAACUUAAUAAAUUCUUAGAUAGCCGCUAAAUUUGACAUCCUGUAAAAUGACAGAAAUAAAUUAUUGUUUUAUAUAUGAUGAGCACACUUGGAUGGAAUUGUUUGUUAGAACUGUUGAGUAUACCUGGUCAGACUUAAAAUAAAACCCACAAUGAACUUCUUAUCAAAUGCAUGUAAGGACUGGCCUGUUCUAAAUAUGGCAGAGUGAACUCCGUGUGCGAACCAUCAGAAAACAUGACUUGUUUAGUUUUGUGUUCAUAGUUUUUGGGUACAAAAAAAAGCGAGGACAGAAGGAGAAAUAAAAAAGUGGUCCAAUUUGAAAGUUGACGAUCCCCUCCCAUAAAAACUGCGGCCCAUCUAGUAGAGUGUUGCUGCUCCUAGUGGGGACAUGUGCCCACCUGAGCUCGCACAGAGGGACACACAAAUAUUGUCCAUCACUGGGAAUGCAAAUGGAGGGAGACAUUGACAUGGCUGAGAAGUCAUAUAGAUGAACCCGGAAAAGCCUUGAGCAAUCUUUUAUUGCAAACAAAAUAGAACUGGUACUGCGAUUGGCUGGCGACCAGUUCAGGUUGUACCCCGCCUCUCGCCCGAAGAUAGCUGGGAUAGGCUCCAGCAGCCCGUGACCCUAGCUAGGAUAAGAGGUAAAGAAAAUGGAUGGAUGGAAAAUACAAUGUGUGAAAAAGGAAUGCUAAAAUAAAAGAAGCGGUCUAAUGUAUCCUCUUCCUCUAGAGUUGGCAGUGGUAGGUGGUGAGGAGUUACCCGCUGGUGACCGCUCGUAGGAAGGGCUGUAGCAGCCCAACCACCUCAAUUCACCACCUCGCCAACUUCAUCACUAAAUUCCCUUGUCACCAAAAUGUGCGUAUGAAUGGGUCAGAGUUUCCGUACAGAUGCAUUGUUUUUUCCCUGAAGUUUCUUUUGAUAGGUCACAUACUUUGUGCAGGAAGUUUCAUACGCAUCUUUCAGGCUCCGUUUUAUGCAAAUGCAAAGAGAGGCCUCAGAUUUGACAGGGAACAGCCACAUUUUAGGGUUUCUCCAUCUAUUGUGUGAACGAAAGAAUCUGUGUAACCAGGUAAGUGUGCAACUGUGCAGCUUUUGCCCUCUUACAGACUUUGGAGACUAGGGCUUGGAAACAUGUUGUCACGCCAGGUUGCAUCAUGGGCAUAAUCGCCAUUUCUUUGGUUACGGGUCUCUUGUUUAGAAAUCAAGGCUUUCUCCCUUGCUGUUAACGUCACAUUUUUCAUUUGAACUUACUGUAAGUAUGGUGAGACGUUGCUGUGUUACCUGGUGGAGCACUUCGUCACAUGAUGGCAAAGGGAAAAAGAAUCGACAGCCGACUGCGUUUUUACAGUUUUCCUGCUUGGCGACAAGAAAGAGGGAAGCCUCGUAGUUUCAGAGCUCACAAAGAGACGUCGGAUGGCUUAGAGGUCUGCUGUAAGAUGAAAAAAAAAAAUCGACAGUAUCACGAGAAGGGGCAGUGUGCGCACCUUGCAUUUUCAUUACAGUAAUUGAAAUAUAUAAAUAGAUAAUGAUUAAUGUCUGAGAAUGUUUUGUAUAUAUAUAUUACAUUAUAUAUUACAUUUGGCCCGCAAGACCAUAUCAAAUGUGUAUUGGAGCUGGCCCUCUAGUAUGUAGCGCAUGUGCCGCUAAUACUACAAAUCCCUGAAUGCUUUGGUCGUGUGUUGGUGCAUCAGAUUAGACUGGCAAGCGCCAACGCCUUUUCUGUUGCAGUCAUUAGCAACCAUGCUACCAGUCUCCUCAGGCAAAUAUGCUGUAUACCUCCCCUUCCAAAAAAUGGCCAAAUGAAAGGUGGAAAACAGGAGCUUUCAAGAUAGUUGGGAGGCAGAUUAUCUGUUCAUGACAGAUAUUAGAUUUCAGAUCUACAGAUUGUAUCUAUUUACAUAAGAAACAAAUACCACUUAUGUCUGUUAUUGCACAUUUGAUUUCCCAUGUGUUUAUCAUAUUAAAGUUUGCUUAUUCCAGAUUCA